AAAUACUCAACUUGAAGACAUUUUUGGGUCAACAAAAAACACCUUCCAAUUUGCUUAAUUUCGAAAAGCAAUUUACCCUUUUCCUCAAUACUCUGCCUCCUCACCUCCAUCGCCGUCUGGCUCUCGCCGGUCUCCCUCUCCGUCUCCCGCUCGCCGGAUCUGCCUCUCCGUCUCGCUUUCUGGCCGGAUCUGCCUCUCCGUCUCGCUCUGUGGCCGGAUCUGCCUCUUCGUCUCUCUCUCGCCGUGCCUCUCUGUCGCCGGCUCUCCCUCUCCGUCUCGCUCUCUCGGCGGCUCUCCCUCUCUAUCUGUUCGGCUCUUCUCCCUCUCUUUCUGUCUGUCUCUCGCUCUGUUUCCAUUAACAGCAAGGCAUCGGAGUGUGAAGAAGAUCAAAAGUUCUUUGUUGGUGGAUGUUACGAUAUGGCAAGAAUAAGAGACAGAACCGAAGAUUUUAAAGAUGCAAUACACCGAACAGCUUUGUCUAUGGGAUAUAAUGAGUCCAAACUGGCAGCUGUAUUGGCAUCUUUCAUCAUGCAUAAACCUCGGCAGAGGUCAUCUUUUACCAUAACUGCACUAAAGACGCUCGAAAGUAUUAGAGCUUUGGAACAGUUCUUGAUAAAGCACAAGAAGGAUUAUGUAGACCUGCAUCGCACCACUGAACAGGAGAGAGAUAGCAUUGAGCAUGAAGUUGCAGUUUUUGUUAAGGUGUGCAAAGAACAAAUAGAUAUUCUCAAAAAUAGUAUAAACAAUGAAGAAUCAAACUCAAGGGGAUGGCUUGGCAUAAAGGGUGACCAUUCUAAUGCGGAUACUAUUGCACACAAACAUGGAGUGGUGUUGAUAUUAAGUGAAAAGCUUCAUUCAGUUACAUCUCAGUUUGAUCAGCUCAGAGCCAUACGCUUCCAAGAAACCAUCAACCGAGCAACGCCAAGGAGAAAACUGAAACGGACUCCUGCAUCUCAUUCUGUGAACAACCAUGAUUCUAACAAUAUUGAGCUUAAGCAAACUGACAACCAAGAGCUCAGGGAACCUGCUGAGGUUCAAACUGACCCAAUUAGAGUCCAGCAGCAAUUUUUGGAUGAUGAAACACGUGCCCUUCAGGUGGAGUUGACUAGUCUUCUAGAUGCUGCUCAAGAAACUGAAACCAAGAUGGUGGAAAUGUCUGCAUUGAAUCAUCUCAUGUCAACGCAUGUUCUGCAACAAGCUCAACAGAUAGAGCUUUUGUAUGAGCAGGCGAUUGAAGCCACCAAGAAUGUGGAACUUGGAAAUAACGAGCUGGCGCAGGCCAUCCGACGGAAUAGCGGUAGCAGGACUUUCCUCUUGCUUUUUCUAUUUGUACUUACGUUCUCAAUCCUUUUCCUUGAUUGGUACAACUAGAUGGAGGCAAUGUAAAGAAUAACUAGGCCCAUUGGGCGAAUGAGUGAGUGUUCAAGUUCUCCGGCCAGAAACUGCAGCAUGGGAAUGCUUGUAGAUUCUUCAUUUGUUGAAUUUUAAUCACUGUACUGUACAGUGUACA